AUGGCUCCCUCGCAAGUUCCCGACUCAGACACGCCAUCUCAGGCAGAUACUCCAAUGACAGACGGAAAUGAAGACCCUGUCACGUCUGUCCCAGUAGACAAUGCCGACGCAGAGAUGACGGGCUACCAGGAUACUCCAGACUACACGGACUCAGAAACAAAUCCGAACACAACAGCAAGCAGUGUUGCAGGCGAUGCAGCUCCCAUUGAUGGACGAAGAAGAAGAUCUGAGGCAUUCCAAAUGCGAAAGAACAUGUUCGGCAAGAAGCAUGGACGCCUGGACGAGUCGAAGGAAGAUGAUUCCAUUCGCAGAUUCCGUUAUCUUCUCGGAUUGACCGAUCUCUUCCGCCACUUCAUCGAGACCAACCCUAAUCCCAGGAUCAAGGAGAUUAUGGCGGAGAUUGACCGACAGAACGCCGAAGAAGAGACCAAGGCCAAGAAGAAGGGGUCGUCGCGUACAGGAGGGGCAGGCAGCGACAGACGUCGCCGGACAGAACAAGAGGAAGAUGCGGAACUUCUGAAAGAUGAAAAAUCUGGCGCUGAAACAGUGACUGUGUUCCGAGAGUCGCCCCCUUUCAUUCAUGGUGAAAUGCGCGACUAUCAGGUUGCAGGGUUGAACUGGCUGGUUUCUCUGCAUGAGAACGGUAUCUCCGGUAUUCUGGCUGACGAGAUGGGUUUGGGCAAGACUCUUCAAACCAUCUCUUUCCUCGGAUACUUGCGACAUGUUUGCGACAUUACUGGGCCUCAUCUUGUCGCUGUCCCCAAAUCCACCCUCGAUAAUUGGAAGCGUGAAUUUCACAAGUGGACCCCUGAAGUCAACGUCCUCGUGCUCCAGGGUGACAAAGAAGAGCGCCACAAGCUCAUCAAUGAGCGACUCCUAGACGAAGAUUUUGACGUUUGCAUUACCAGCUACGAGAUGGUUCUUCGGGAAAAGGCGCACCUCAAGAAAUUCGCCUGGGAAUACAUCAUUAUUGACGAGGCGCAUCGGAUCAAGAACGAGGAGUCCUCACUUGCUCAGAUCAUUCGCGUCUUCAACUCUCGUAACCGGCUGUUAAUUACAGGCACUCCUCUGCAGAACAACCUCCACGAACUUUGGGCUCUUCUUAAUUUCCUCCUGCCUGAUGUCUUUGGUGACUCGGAAGCUUUUGACCAAUGGUUUUCCGGUCAAGACGGUGACCAAGAUACCGUUGUUCAGCAGCUUCAUCGCGUGCUGCGACCUUUCCUACUCCGCCGUGUGAAGAGUGAUGUCGAAAAAAGCCUGCUUCCCAAGAAGGAGGUCAACCUCUACGUCCCUAUGUCCGAAAUGCAGAUCAAAUGGUAUCAGAAGAUUCUCGAGAAAGACAUCGACGCAGUCAAUGGCGCUGCCGGAAAACGCGAGUCAAAGACACGUCUGUUGAAUAUUGUCAUGCAACUGCGCAAGUGCUGCAAUCAUCCGUAUCUCUUUGAAGGUGCCGAACCGGGUCCUCCGUAUACUACCGAUGAGCAUCUCGUAUUCAACUCUGGCAAAAUGGUCAUUCUUGACAAACUGCUUGCGCGUAUGCAAAGGCAGGGAAGUCGCGUGCUCAUUUUCUCCCAGAUGAGUCGAGUGCUGGAUAUUCUUGAAGACUACUGUGUUUUCAGAGACUAUAAGUAUUGCCGGAUAGACGGUACGACGGCUCAUGAGGACCGGAUCGCCGCGAUUGACGAUUACAACAAACCGGGCUCUGAGAAGUUCAUUUUCCUCCUUACCACGAGAGCAGGAGGACUCGGUAUCAACUUGACUACUGCGGAUAUUGUCGUCCUGUAUGACAGUGAUUGGAACCCUCAGGCUGAUCUACAGGCCAUGGACCGUGCCCAUCGUAUUGGUCAGACCAAGCAAGUGGUGGUUUUCCGAUUCAUCACAGAAGACGCCAUUGAAGAAAAGGUUCUGGAACGUGCGGCACAGAAGCUGCGCUUAGAUCAACUUGUUAUCCAGCAAGGCCGUGCACAACAACAGGUGAAGAACGCUGCUUCAAAGGAUGAAUUGCUUGGCAUGAUCCAGCAUGGAGCUGCCAACGUCUUCAACACAAAAGGGGCCACCAGCACAUUAUCCAACGAUAAGCAGCUUUCGGAUGAUGAUAUCGAUGCCAUCUUGCGCAAAGGUGAAGAGCGGACGGCAGAGCUGAACAAGAAGUAUGAAAAACUGGGCAUUGAUGACUUGCAGAAGUUCAGUUCUGAAAGCGCCUACGAAUGGAACGGUAAAGACUUCACAGAGCGUAAGAAGGACAUUGGCAUCAACUGGAUUAACCCCGCGAAGCGUGAACGGAAGGAGCAGUUCUACUCCAUCGAUAAAUACUAUCGUCAAGCCCUGGCUACCGGCGGCAGGACAGCUGAACCGAAGCCAAAGGUCCCUCGCGCGCCUAAGCAGAUUACCAUCCACGAUUGGCAAUUCUUCCCACCCGGUCUUCAGGAAUUGCAGGAGAAAGAAACUGCUUAUUUCCACAAAGAGAUUGGAUAUAAGGCACAGCUUCCCGAGGGUCCCGAUGAGGAGCUCAGUGAGCGUGAGGCUGAGCGCGAUCUCGAGCAGCAAGAGAUUGACAAUGCGGUGCCAUUGACGGAAGAAGAGCAAGCAGAAAAGGCUCGGAUGUCCGAGGAGGGCUUCUCGACAUGGAAUCGCCGUGAUUUCCAACAAUUCAUAAACGGAUCCGCUAAAUUCGGACGUACCGAUUAUAAGGGAAUCGCCACCGAGGUGGACAGUAAAGAGCCCGAUGAAGUCGAGGAGUAUGCCAAAGUCUUCUGGAAGCGGUACACUGAGAUCCAGGAUUAUCCCAAGUACCUGCGUGUCAUUGAACAGGGUGAAGAAAAGCUGCGGAAGAUGAACCAUCAACGCAAAAUGCUCCGCAAGAAGAUGGAGAUGUACCGUGUUCCUCUUCAACAACUCAAGAUUAACUACACGGUGUCAACGACAAACAAAAAGGUCUAUACCGAAGAAGAGGACCGAUUUUUGCUUGUGAUGUUGGACAAGUACGGGGUUGAUGGCGAUGAUCUUUAUGAGAAGAUCCGGGACGAGAUCCGGGAGUCCCCUCUUUUCCGUUUCGAUUGGUUCUUCCUCAGCCGAACACCAGUUGAAAUUGGCCGUCGGUGCACCACCCUUUUGAACACUGUCGCCAAAGAAUUCGAAGUGGGAACAAACGGUGAGGCCGGCAAGGGUCGUGGACGUGACCGUGAGGAAGAGGAGGAAGAGAUUGAAGACGUUGGUGCGCCAGCCAAGAAGAAGACCAAGAACGGCGCAGUGAACAAACAGGUCAAGGCUGUCAAAGGUGGCAGCAAAGCCAAUUCCACCUCCACGUCACGAGCAGCCAGUGUGUCAUCAACUACUGCAUCCAAGUCCAAGAGCAAGAAGAAGUGA